GAGAACGGAUCACAAAACUGGAACCAAGACUCGUCGUUUCCGACGUGCAGCGAUCGCGGAAGGAGGCGCGAUGCGCUGAGAGGGCUUGCGUGUCCGUACUGUCCAACGGAAGCGUACAAACGGCGCCGUCGGAACUGCCGCCGCCGCCUGCGCUUCAAGUCCAAAACCUGGUGCAGCCUCAGCUCCCUGUACCACCGGCUCAGGCCCAGACUCAGGUCCGCAUCAAUGGCUUCUAUUUCAUGGACUCUGGCGAUAGCUCCAGCGCGUUGUAUAGCGCCAGUAAUAGUUCAGCCAGCACAUCGCCGGCGAACUACGACAGCAUUACACCGCCAGUAUCGCGUCUGAUGGAUCUCAGUGGCCAGCCGGAAUCGCAGCGCAAUCUGUCGUCGAAUUUUCACCAGCCGCCACUCCAUCAUCCACCCCAUCAACAGCAGCAUCCUCAUCCGAUUGAUUAUCAUCCUUACGUUUACGAGAACUUAAGUGAGACCAAGAGGUACCAUAAUUCUCAUCAUCAUUCUCCGGAUCACUCCGAUGGUAAGAUCCUAAGAGAUCUUCAAUCGGACUAUAAUCGACGGGUACCUAACGACACGAGCUCCGAAUUGCUGUCGGACUAUAGCAGGGACUAUAAUAGGGACCAUGAGCAGCACAUAUGCGUGACUCCGCCAUCGCAGAUCUUUACACCUGGAAACGAGGACAUGAUCGUUCCUACCAGGCCGCACGAGUCUCAGAGUCAAGGGUCCUUUCGCAGUCACCCGGAUAUGACAGACUACAAGCCAGAGGGGGUGGAAUAUAAGAGUGAGCAGGUGGUCGAUCAGAGGUACGACUAUCAGCAGACGGAGCUCAAUGGUCAUGUGACUGAGCCGUCGUCGACCAAGAGCUAUGCGGCAGAAAACGGCAGAUCGUCUACGAAGAGGAAACGGAAGUUCGUCAAUAGCAACAACAACGAAUCUGAGAGCGAGACAACUUCGCCGAUGAGGAUUAAAAUGCGCCGGAAAAGUGGUGCGAGCUUCGAGGAGAUUCAAAAUCAACGAGUAAUGGCAAACGUCCGGGAACGUCAACGUACACAAAGUCUUAACGAAGCCUUUACAGCUUUAAGAAAGGUGAUACCAACUUUGCCGAGCGACAAGUUAAGCAAAAUUCAAACGCUGAAGUUAGCUACGAAGUACAUAGAGUUUUUGCAUCAAGUAUUACGCAGCGACUUGGAUAAAGACGACGGCGUCGAGAAUAUUGCAGGUAGAAGCGCCAGGAAUGCAAUUAUAGCUGCGAGGCAAAGUAGAGAUUUACCGUGCAGUUAUAUGGCGCAUGAAAGAUUAUCGUACGCCUUUAGUGUUUGGCGCAUGGAAGGCGACUGGAACUCGAACAUUUAAGCUAAGUAAUCGCUAGGAUCCAGCAAAGGUGAAAACUAAAAGUUAAGUUAUCGAGUUUAGUCGCAAGCACGUAGAACGAAAAUAAAGCAAAAACGUCGUGUUUGUUGUAUA